GUCUUAUGUUUUUAAUAUACUUUCAAAAAACAACCGUAUCUCUGCCAGGUAAAGAAUACAGUAGAUAUAUAUGCCGGAUAUUAAUGUAUGAUAAAACAAACAAUAAUAUAGGGUAAUCCCGUAGUAUGUGAACCAAGAUGGCGGACACCGGAACGUAGUAUGUGUAUUUUUAAGGGGCACAACAAGCGACGUAAAUACAUCGCAACUCAGGGACCUCUUGCAACAACUGUUGAUGAUUUUUGGCAGAUGAUAAUUGAGCAUAAAUGUUAUUUGAUCGUGAUGCUAACAAAGGAAAGGGAGGAUGGAAAGAAAAAGUGUGAAAAGUAUUGGCCCGAUAAGAACAAAAACCAAAUGUUUGGUUCCGUGCUGGUGGAAAAUAUACAUGAAGUCAACUACGGCUCGUUUAUAAAGCGAAGUAUUACUGUGAAGUCUCGUAAUAAGGGUCUUGAUGUCACGUUAAAUGUAUACCAGUAUCAAUUCUUGAAAUGGCCUGACCAUGGUGCACCGGCAACCACUUCAGAUUUAUUACGAAUGCAUCGGGCUGUGAUGGAAAACUAUGAGGAAAUCGGAAAGGGAUCUCCAAUUGUAGUUCAUUGCAGCGCCGGUGCAGGACGAACGGGGACAUUGAUUGGUUUUGAUAUUCUGCUUGAUGAAAGCAAGUCUGUAGGAUCUAUUGACGCCUUUGCUUGCGUUCUCAACAUGAGGAAACAGAGAGUGGAGAUGGUGCAAAAUUCGGAUCAAUACGUGUUCGUUCACAAGCUCGUAUUGGAAGCCAUCUUGUUUGAAGACAGAGAUUUAUCUUCUGAUGAAGCAAAAGCUAAAUUAGAAAAGAUAAAGACUCCUGAUGGCGAAGCUUCGAUAAAGAAAGAAUUUGAAGAUUUAAAUCGAAUUGGACCAAUGAAAAACUCAAAAUUGCGUGGGCUCGAUGGUAAAAAUAGGAAAAUGAACAGAUCAAAGAAAUCUAUUCCAUACGACUACACACUGGUAACAAUAUUCAUGCAACAAGAUGAAGAUGAGAUUCCUUAUAUGAAUGCUUCGUGGGUAGAGAGCAAUGAUGAAUCAAGUCCAAUGAUCGCCUCUCAAGGUCCAACUUCAUCAAACAUUGAUUUAUUCUGGAGAUUGGUUCUGGAUAACAACGUUAAUACAAUCGUUAUGUUGACGAAACUCAAAGAAGAGAAAGAGGAACAAUGUGCUCAGUAUUGGCCUACAAAUGUUGGUGAAGUUAUGAAAUGGAAUAACUUAUCUGUAACUAGGAUUAGUGAUGAAACAGAAGCUUCCAUAACGGAGAGAAAAAUUCGAGUGGACCGAGGACCUCAAUCGAAAACAGUGACCCAGUUCCAUUACAUUGGAUGGAAAUCAACAAGUUGCCCUAAAGAUGGAAGAGAAAUAAUUGAUCUUGUAAAUAAGAUGCAGAAAAAUAUCCGAUCAACUGGAAAUGGAGUUACUCUCAUACAUUGCAGUGAUGGUAUCGGUCGAACUGGUGUAUUCUGUGCAACAGUGAACCUGAUAGAUCGAUUGAAGUGCGAGAAUCGAGUUGAUGUUUUCAGGACCGUGAAAGAUCUCAGAGAUGGAAGACCAAACAUGGUGGAAACUUUGGAUCAAUACAAGUUCUGCUAUCGAGCUAUUGUGGAAUAUCUGAAAUCAUUCGAUCUUUAUUCAAACUUUUAACUUUUCAUUACGACAUGAAACGUUUAUUUUCAUUAUUCUCUCCUAUCGUUCAUCCAUGAUGAACGAUUAAUAAAUUUAUUUGAAAAUUUGAGUGUUUUCUAUGUUGUUUUUAUUCCUAUUUUAAUUUAUUUAUUAUAACAGAAUAAGAAUCAUAGCGUCGAUAUUUAUCAAAUCAUAUCUUUUCUGUACUUGUUCUUCACUGUAUCGUAUAUAUAUAUAUUAUUUAUGUAUUAUCACGUACGUACGUUUAUAUGAAGUAGUUUAAGGAAUCCUGUAGUGAUACAAUUCAAUAUUUGCGUUUCAAAGUACAAUGGUUGGCUGAUUUCACAAAAAUCAGAGCCUUUAAUAAUAUCUUCACAAAACAAUUUGCUCAAGAUCUUUAAUGUGGAAACAGCAGUAGAGUUUAAGACUGAUUGACACACAUACACAAUCAGUCAUGCGACAGAAAUGUCAAUGGAUAGCUGUACACGCCAAACUUGAUAAUUCACAUUAACUAAUAAACAAAAACCCAGUUUUCUUAUAGAAUUGGCCUUUCGCACUUUUACAUAUAUUUUCUGAACAUUGGAUAUAUUUUUGGAACACGCUUCAGGUUAUUUUAUAGUAUAAUUAGAAUAUGAUAUUGGAACGUAAAAUAGUUGAGUCUGAGUGUUGAAAUUUAAUAAAUGUAAAAUGGAUGGUAAUCGUUCUAUUAUGAUUUAUUUCAUGUUUGAAUUAU